ACAGAGAGAGACAACUACUGAUCAUCACAUACAGCUGGUUUUUACUCCCCCUGUAUUUUCCCGUUCUGUUCAUGUACCAGGCUUCAGAGUGACGGUGGAGCAGGGCGUCGUUACUAAGCAGGGAGCAACGGAGAAAGAGAGGGGGAGAAAAACAGAGGGAGAGGAGAGAUUGAGGCAGAGGGGGGAGAGCGAGGCUGUCCGUGAAUGAGGAUGUACUCCCAUUAAAUCAAUUUGGAAGGAGAGAUCGAGGGUGGGAACAAGAGAGGAACAGCGAGAUGGGGAGAGAGCAGUGCACAGGGAGAGAGGGAGAAGUGAGAGAGUAAUAAACAGGGCGAGAGAACAAUGAGAGUUGGGUGGACUGACUGCCUUACCCCAGUGAGCUAGCUAGCUGUGGAUGUGAGCAGAGUGGCGUGUCUUUGGAGCAGGGAUACUGCUGCUAUUGAUCCAAACCACCUUCCUCUGUUCUGCCAGCCAGGUGAACUCCUACAGCACAGCUCUCUGAACAGAGAGGGAGAGCAACAGAGAGAGAUCUGACAGUCUCCUUCCUGUGUUCUUGAGAACUGGGUGCGUGUUCAACUCUAUUGCCUCUGCCGAACAAGAUAAGUGUGUGUUCUGUGUGUGGGAGCACCGACUAGGGAAAAAGAACACACCCUCUCUCUCCGCUGAACCUGAGAGUCUCAGAAGAGCAGCUAACGGCAGCUAACAAACCAACGACCUCCAGCUCCCAGCCGUCGGGUUGAGAUGACAUUGUGUGUGAUAGCGGUGGUCUGGGUAUUAAUGGAUCUGUGAGAGCGGUGGUCUGGGUAUUAAUGGAUCUGUGAGAGCAGUGGUCUGCUUUACCUGGACCUGUGAGAGCUGUGGUCUGGGUAUUAAUGGAUCUGUGAGAGCAGUGGUCUGGGUAAUAAUGGAUCUGUGAGAGCGGUGGUCUGGUAUUGCUGGACCUGUGAGAGCGGUGGUCUGGUAUUACUGGACCUGUGAGAGCGGUGGUCUGGUAUUACUGGACAUGUGAGAGCGGUGGUCUGGUAUUACUGGACCUGUGAGAGCGGUGGUCUGGUAUUACUGGACCUGUGAGAGCGGUGGUCUGGUAUUACUGGACCUGUGAGAGCGGUGGUCUGGUAUUACUGGACCUGUGAGAGCGGUGGUCUGCUUUACCUGGACCUGUGAGAGCGGUGGUCUGGUAUUACUGGACCUGUGAGAGCGGUGGUCUGGUAUUACUGGAUCUGUGAGAGCGGUGGUCUGGGUAUUAAUGGAUCUGUGAGAGCGGUGGUCUGGGUAUUAAUGGAUCUGUGAGAGCGGUGGUCUGGGUAUUGCUGGACCUGUGAGAGCGGUGGUCUGGUAUUACUGGACCUGUGAGAGCGGUGGUCUGGUAUUACUGGACCUGUGAGAGCGGUGGUCUGGUAUUACUGGACCUGUGAGAGCGGUGGUCUGGUAUUACUGGACCAGUGAGAGCGGUGGUCUGGUAUUACUGGACCUGUGAGAGCGGUGGUCUGGUAUUACUGGACCUGUGAGAGCGGUGGUCUGGUAUUACUGGACCUGUGAGAGCGGUGGUCUGGUAUUACUGGACAUAUGAGAACCGUAGGAGGAUGGGAGGCGAUCAUCUACCUGGACAGGAACAACCGCUGACCCCUGGAGAGAGAGGAGAGGAAGAGCAGUGAUGCAGACUGCCUUCAGUGUCUUAGAACAGACUGCCUCUCUAGGUCGACCUAAAUGUGACUGUCAUAGAUAUUCACAUGUAGCAGGGUAGGAGAGAAAGUGUGUGUGAGUGCUAGGGACGUGCAUGUGUGAUCGCGUAAGGGAGUGUUGAGGGCUUGCUGCUGGUGUUGAGAGUGACUGAGGAGAGAGGGAGGCUGGAUCGGAGCAGAGAGGAAAAAGGCUUAGGGAUGACUGGGUGGAACUGGAGGCUAAAGCUAACCUUGGAAUCAUCCUUGGAACCUUGAGGGGCUGCCGCCACUACUCCACCCCAAAGAGAGGAACUAGGACUGGGGAAAGAUCCGGGCUCUGUGGACCCUAAACCUGGUGCCUGGGAAUAAGAUGGGCUUGACUUUUAAGACAUUGGGAUGAUGUCAGAGGACCCUGUGAGGGAUGAGGUUGUCGGGAGGGCGAGAGUGGGCUCCCCACGCCUGGUGUACAUGGUUGGCCCCUCCCCACUAUGAGCAUGCAGGUGCUUCACAUGGUCAGGGAGCUGGUGUCUCCCUCCCGACGCAGAGCAGCCGCCAGAUACGGAGCGUCUGGUACAGAGCAGGAUGCUGUGCUGAGGCUUGAGAAGGAGAGGGCUGAGAUCGUCUCCAAAUAUGACAAGGGAAAAGAGGGCGCCACUGUGGAACCCUGGGAGGAUGCAAGCUUCCACCUGUACAAAGUCAUUGACCGCUUCGGCUUCGUACAUGAGAAUGACCUUCCCUCCUACGACUCGGUGGAAGAGAAGCAAAAGCACAUAGAGGUAGAAAGGACCUCAAAAUGGCUGAAGAUGAUGAAGAGCUGGGACAAGUAUAAGAACAGUGAAAAGCUGGUGAGGCGGAUCUAUAAGGGAAUUCCCCUACAGCUCCGAGGAGAGGUGUGGUGUCUGCUCCUCGACGUUCCCAAAAUAAAGGAGGAGAAGAAAGACUUCUACGAGAAGCUGAAGCUCAGGGCUCGAGGUCUGUCUCCUGAUGUCCGUCAGAUUGACCUGGAUGUGAACCGAACCUACAGGGACCACAUCAUGUUCAUGACCCGCUACGACGUCAAGCAGCAGGCUCUGUUCCACGUCCUAACAGCCUACUCCAUGUACAACACGGAGGUGGGGUACUGCCAGGGCAUGAGUCAGAUCACUGCUCUGUUGCUCAUCUAUAUGAAUGAAGAGGAUGCCUUCUGGGCUUUGGUCAAACUGCUGUCUGGACAGAAACACGCCAUGCAUGGGUUUUUUAUCCCCGGCUUCCCCAAGCUGAUGCGCUUCCAGGAGCACCAUGACCGCAUCCUCAAGAAGAUGAUGCCCAAACUGAAGUCACACCUGGACACACAGGAGGUGUUCACCAGCCUGUACACUAUGAAGUGGUUUUUCCAGUGUUUCCUGGACAGGACCCCCUUCACCCUGACCCUGCGGAUCUGGGACAUCUAUAUCCUGGAGGGAGAGAGAGUUCUGACUGCCAUGUCUUACACGGUCCUCAAACUGCACAAGAAGCACCUGUUGAAGCUGUCUAUGGAGGAUCUGGUUGAGUUUCUGCAGGUGACUCUGGCCAAGGACUUCUUCUAUGAGGAUGACUUUGUGAUUGAGCAGCUGCAGAACAACAUGGUGGAGCUAAGGAGGUCCAAACUGGAGCUGGCCGCACCAGGUAAAGAGGACGAGUAUCCCAAGAAGCUUCUUGGGCAGCUUCCCCCAGAGCCGGCGGUGAACCAGAACCACGUGGCGAAUGGUCAGAGCCACGCCCAGCCGGCCGAGCCCCCAAAAGCGCCCAGCCCCUCCCUCGAGCACCAGCGGGACAGCCAACCCCCCAACCGGGCGGGCAGGGGCUCCCUGGAGAAGCUGGUCCGGCAGCACAAGGCUGAGAAGAGGGAGGCCAGAUCACGGGGGUCCGGAGAGAACGCCAUCCACCUCGACCCCCACUGCAAACAGCCCUCCGUCCACAUCGACCCCCACUGCAAACAGCCCUCUGUACCCCCCCUUGCGACUCCAGAGACAGGGUCCACACCUACACCGUCCCCAGCGCCCUCUCCCUCGCCACACAACAACCCUCCUAUAAAAGUGGUGGAUGGAGGGAAGCCUCAGAACCACGCCACGGCCAAUCACAACUCCAAUGCCGCCUCCAGCAGCUCCCGUAAAGACAUCGCCCCGCGCUGGGUCAAGCCGUCCGAGACCAAGCUGGAGGCGGCCAAGGCAGCGGCUGCCAGGGAGAUCCAGCUGAGCCGCGGUGGUUCCCCGGAUCCCUCCAGCCCUGAUGACACCCUGCUGCUCAACCCCCGGCCCCGCUCCAGGGGCUUGAUCCCAGGCUCCAACCGCGGCUCCAACUCCUCUCAGUACGACAACGUGCCCGGGGGGGCAGAGCAGGACUUUGUGGAGGAGCUGGAGAGGCCACCAUCGCCAUCCCUACCCCCCACCCCCAGACUGCAAGGACCAGUGGGUAGGCAGGCCAAACGCCACAUCCCUGCUGCUCUGUCACUCAACAGCCCUGCGGGGGGUAAACCCUAUGUCCACCCCAACGGCCAGAGCCAGUACCACACGCCCCCCCAGCAGUACUCCCCCGGCCGGCCUGCUAUGGUGCCACUCCACUACCCCCCAUACAGUGUGAGCCUUGAGCAGAGGGGACUGGGAGAGGACAGGCACUACGGCCCCCCGCCCUCCCGAGGCACCCCACCUAUGGGUCUGAUGUAUGGGGAGAGGGCGUACGUCACCACCCAGCGGCCCAGCCACUCUCCGGAGAAGGCCCUCAUGAACAACUCCUAUGCCACCACCCACAGGCAGCCUCCCAGCUCAGCCCAGCCCCCCCGGACCCUUGUAGCCCCGCAGGUCCCCCGCACCAUACAGCAGCUGGACAGCCCUGGUAGUAACGCCUCCACAUACCUGCACCAGCCCACACGGCUCACCUCCGCUGCAGCCGCCUAUCCGGUGUACCCUACUGUUGCCUACAACAGGUACGAGGGGCACAGGAGAGGGGAGCAGACACAACCCUACCUGUCUGAGGGGCCAGGCCGGGGAGGGGCAGUGGAGGUGCAGCCGUGGAGGCAGCAGGAAGGUGGUGACAUGACACGUGCCCCUGGAGGUGUACCCCGAUCCCCCAGCUUCCAGAGGGCCCAGAUGUCCCCCGUGCAGGAGUUCACCUUCCCCCCCGGCCCUGACGGCCUGGCUCACUACAGGACACAGUUCCACGAGCAGCAGCAGCCCACCAUGAGGCAGCAGCUCCCCCCGCUGUUCGGAGGACAACACUACAGGCACGCACCAGAGGCGUUCACCAUGCAGGAGUCUAUGUUGCUGUGAUAGGAGGAGAGAGGGAUAGAAAGACACUGAGGUUUAGUCACUGACACUGUGGCAGCAGAGACCAGCGGUAGUCCUACUGGGGUUAAGGAGUUUUAGUUUGGUCUGUUUGUGCUUUAUAUGUGACGUUCUGACCCGUAAAGUCAUACUGCAUCGUGAAUGCUGCAGGAUACCAGCUUUUGACGUUUUUAUGGAUCCCUUUUAACCCACUGAAGAUUGAUUAUUUUAUUUUUUGGAUGUUAAAUCAUUAACGACAGGAGUUAAAAGUGUAUAUAUAUAUAUAUAUAUAUAUAUAUAU